GGACUAAACUGGUUAGUCUCUAAGGUGCCACUAGUCCUCCUUUUCUUUUUACUAUCCAGUGUGUGUAUGUGUCCAGAGAGAAAUAUAAUGCCCCUUUGAACAGUUCUCGAAUUGGAAUGUUAAAACAUAGACUCCGUAUUUCACCCUCUUUAUAGCUGGUAGCCAUGAUAAAUUCAUCUUCAAAUCAAUAGUUUCCACGAAGGGUGGUUGAGUUCAAAAGUGUAACCUGGGGUAGCAGCAAAACGGUGUUUCCGUUGGAAAUCUCGCCAAUAAACACCCGUUUAGCCCUGUCCUUUUGUUAACAUUAGUCGUAAUAAAAAGAAAAAUCCGAAGCUCUUGGUUUACCCUUCGAUAAAAAUGUUCUAUUCUUUAAACACCAUCACGCCCACGUCUUCAGACCCUGGAGUUUAUUCUCUUCCUCUAUCUGGGCUGCAAAAAAAAUUAAUGGAAAAGAAACUGAUUCCAGCCGUGGCUAAGUCACCUGCCGGUGGAACAGCAAAUGCUGGAUCAAAGAGAAGAUUAAAUGUGAGGCUUAAAUAGGCAACACAGAGAUAUUAAGCUAAGGCGAAUGGUGAAACAAAUAGUGAUCCCUGGGCUUCGGGGGAUUGCACCAAGCCCAUCUCUCGGCCACACCUGGCUCCGGUGAACCCUCAUCUUUUUAAAUAUUGGGUGAAAUCCUGGCCCCACGGAGAUCCAGGGGACUUUAGCCAUUGACUGUAAGGGGGCCAGGAUUUCAUCUCUCGUCCUGCACUGGCGGAGAAGCCACCAAGGCAGGAUUGUGCCCCGGCGCUUCAGUACAAAUAGCUAAGCUCGCCCCUCUUCUGGUACAAAGCAUCGUUUGGCUAAUUCUCCUGCUAAUAAAUCAUUGCAGCGGGAUUCUGGCUCCCAGGCCGGGACAAUGGGCUCCUUCGCUGCGGAGGACGAUGGAGAGGCCGCCGGCGGAGCUGCCCCGCAGUGACCCGCGGGAUGCCCGGCCCCCGCAGCCGCACGAUCCGGGAGCGGAAGGCACGAGCGAGCCGGAGAGCAGCCGCGGGGGGAUGGAGGUCCCAGGAGAGCCCCCGCUGCUGCUCAAUGGGGUUUCCAAGGAGACCGGCCGGCCCUCCCCCGGGCCCCCCGCCGCCGCCGUGCCGGUGAUCGAGCUGGUGCGCAGGGACAUAAAAGGCCGCGAGGCGCCCGGCGAGGCGAUGCAGAGAGCUCCGGGCGCCGAGCCGUGCAGAGCCCCGGCCGAGGCCGCCUGCGACGCCCGCAUGGUGCAGCUGAGCCCCACGGCGCUUCCCCUGCCGGCGGCCGGCCGAGCCAUGCUCUACAACAUCGGCCAGCCGCUGGGCACCAUCAACAGUGGGUUUUUUGGAGAGCCAGACACCUUCUCAAUCUACAACAACAAUAGAAUGAAAAGAAGAUCGUCUCCUUAUGAAGUGGAGAUCAGUGACGGUCCCCAUACAAAAGUGGUCCGCCGCAUUUUUACCAAUAGCCGGGAAAGGUGGAGACAACAGAAUGUCAAUGGUGCAUUCGCAGAGCUUCGUAAACUCAUUCCGACCCACCCACCUGACAAAAAACUGAGCAAGAAUGAAAUUUUACGCCUGGCUAUGAAAUACAUCAACUUCCUGGCCAAACUGCUUAAUGACCAGGAAGAAGAGGGAAACCAAAGGGGCAAAGUGAACAAAGACACUGGGAUAGUCCAAGAGGAUCUCCUGCAGGACAUGUUGUCUCCAAACUCUAGCUGUGGAAGCUCUUUAGAUGGAGCAGGGAGCCCGGACAGCUUCACAGAAGAACAUGAAACAUUAGAUACAAAGCAUACAAGGAGUCUCCAUCACUCCAUUCUUCCUGUAGAAGGCAAUGCCCAGCGAUGAUGACCUUACAGAUCCCUCCUAAAGCACAGAGGGGAAAGUAAACCCUCAGUCCCUGGGUCUUGGAAUUACACCCUAUUUUCCCAACUCUACAUCUCCAAAAAGAAAACAGGAACUUGAGCUCAUCAAGUUCUCAAGCCAAUAUUUCUAAAGGUCACAAUCCCUGAACUAAAAUGACAGUGAGUUGAUGGAGAACAAGACCAAAUCAAGUGGACAUUCAACAUUUAGGUACUUGAUCGGACGGAGAUGAAAGUCAUCUUAUUGUACAUAUUGUUCAUGGAUGUAACGCUGGGUGGGGGGAGGGAACACUGCUGACACCUCUUCAAUAUCAAAUGAUUUGAUGAUGAUCUCUUGAAGCAGAAUAAUCAUGGAUCAAAAACAGGCAGUGACUCCCUCUUUCACUGCCAAUGGAAGCUACAUGUCCCUUCCUUUUACGUGUGGCACUUGGAAGCGACCAAAAUCUCGAACAGUUCUGCAGCAUCUCUCCAAACCAUUCUGAUGAUGUAUAUGCAACUUGUCAGUGUGGAAGCUAGGGCAAUGCCUUCUUGUUGUCCAAGAGCUUUUGACUGUACCUUUUUAAAGAGCUGAAAAAUGCCUCCCGCUAAAGAACUGUUACAAGGAACGAGACUUUUUUUUUUCAAAAAAGCCCAAAACCGUAGCCUAACUUUGGAUUGUUUGAGGUGUUGUAUUUAUGAUGUGGAAUUACUUCUGUUUAAUAACUGUCAUGCAGUAUCCACUGAAUGAAAAGGUACAUAGAUGUUUUCUUCUCUCUUCCCUCCCAACUACUGUGCAAUGGCUGAAAUCGUGGCCCCGUUGAAGUCUAUGGGAAUCUUGUCAUUGGCUUCAGUGGGGACAUGACAUCAGCCAAGGAUUACACAUUUCAGUAUGGGUGAGUGGGAAUUUUCCUUGCAAUUGUCAUCCUGGUAUUUUAGUUAAAAACAAAGGCAGUGAUGGAAUAACAAAUUGUGUGUGUGUGUGUGUAGAAGGGAUAUAAAAGAGAUUUAAUUAUGUGCUUUGGAUUGUUGGGUUUUACCCAUCUGGAAAGGAUGGUUAUUUAACCUCCCCCCCGCUCCCCGUCUGUUCAUUAGCCCCCCGAUUUGAUCUUGCCUCUUUAUCUACUUAAGACUUCCGCCGGAGCCUUGUCUGCACAAGGAUGUGGAUAUCUCUAGAGUUCCCAGAAGCAAAGCAGUCACCUGGGCUCUGAGACUCACAGCCGCGGUUUUGUUCUUGCUGUGUAGAUUUACACUGAGAUUCAGUGCUAUUUGUGACACAUACAGCAAUUCCCAGGCAUGCAGACGUAUUGCAGGUUGGUGGCCACAUACAACCAGAUCACUUUGAAACAGAAAUUAUCCUCCAUCUGGAGAUGUCCUCUGAAGGACACUUUAAAAAAAGCAGAGUACUUAAAAAACGUGGGCCAGAUUCUCAGCUGGUGUAAAUCAGGGUCAUUCCAUUGACUCCCAUACUAUGCCUGUUUACACAGACUGAGGAGCUAGGCCCUGCAUAUCCCAUGAACAGCAGAACCUACAUAGGACUCUCUCUUUUUCCCACUUGCUAAUGAUUGACAGAGCAAUCGCACCAGAACAAACUAUCUCAUUAUCCACUUGCUCGGCAGAGAUUCAGAAAAAUCCACAUGAUGCGAGAAAGCCCCAUUCUUUGUAAGGGAAAAUAAUUAGAAUGAGUACACUUUAUACAACCCUGUCUCUUAUUUAUUAUAGGUGUUGAGGUACAAGGCAAUGCAGAGACGUCCGUGUGUGAGCAUUUAGAGCCAUUAGUUUGCCUGUUGGAAAGCCAGGUUGACCCUAUUUUUAUUGUAGGGUACCGUCACUUCUUUUUUUUAUGCCCGUUUAUGAGAAUGGGUCGAUACUAUCUUGGAAGUAAUAUGAGUGAGGCUGGGUUCUCUCAGUGUUGUGUGUGGGAAUAUUAAGAGGGUGUACCACCUUGCUGUGAGUUCCCCAUUGAUAUUUUAGGUAAAUGGUCUGAGAAUUCACCCCUAUGCAGAGGGCCAGUACAUUGCACCUAUAAAGUCCUCAAAUGGGGCUCAGGUGAGAUUUACAUUAUGUGGGGCAUUACAGGGUCAGUUUCACCGUCUGGUAUUAUCUAAAGGCCAGAUCUUGCUCCAAAGGGAGUUGUCACUGACUUCAAUGGGAGUAGGGGCUAGACCUCAAAACUCAGACACUGGUAGGGGACGCAUUCUGUGAUGGGGGGAAUACAUAGGGGAGUAAGAAAUUGGAACUUGAGCCUGAGAGAUGCUGAGGACUCUCAGCUCCUGCAGGGGGCGCCCAUCACUUUGCAAGAUCCGGGGAUCAGUAGUUUCUGGGGGAGGAGGGAGAGAAAUUUUGUUACGAAGAUAAAGUGUUAUUACAUUUUUAAAGGGAUUGGAAAUAAUAAUGAUAUUUUACCCCUUUUUGGACAGAUAUUCCAAGACAAGUCAUUUAAAAUGUUAGAAAUCCCCCCUCUUUUUUUUUCUGAAAAGAAGACAAAAUGGUACAAUUUAUAACCCUUUUACAAAACACAUAUAUUUGUAGCCUCUUAGCAGAAUACAACUUAAGUAUAGCUGAGGUAUGUAUAGUUGUACUUUAAUUGUGAUUUGAAUGGUACAUCUCCUAUUUCUCCGGUUCUUCUUCUGCCUGCUCUAUGUCUUGGUGUAUAUAACAUCAUCCCAUUUAUGUUUGGAAUCAGCACUUUUGGUCAGUGUUGUACUCUGUGAUGAAUUCUUUGCUUUUCUUUUUUUUAAAAUUCCUUUGGUUUCUGCAUUUUUCUGCAGAAGUUAAGUAACCAGACCUGGUACCCUUAUUAUCUUUGUAAAGCCGAUUAGGCAACCCACUGUGGAUGUGCUAUUUAGAAAACACAUUUGUUGUAAUGUGUGUGUAUAUAUAAAUAUAUAUAAUAUAAUGAAUAUAUCGAGAAUAUUUCUAAAUAAAGUUUUACAAAUCA